AGUAGUACUGCAGAUGGCGGGCGGAUAGCGAAUCAGGGAAUGUCUUCAUCGGAGGCACCUCCACCCUCCAUAUCCUUGAAGGCCAGCGAGAUGAUGGAGACGCCAAUGACCUACGAGCCUGUGGUUCCUCACUGGUUCUAUCAGGUACAAGACGCCCGGGGGACCUGGAGCCCGUUCAGCAAAGAAGAUUCUGACAAGCUGGAGGAGGCAUUUUGUUCCGAACAAAACCCAAACAGCUUUGUGAUCCCGGUGUGCGGAGGACGGUAUGACGUGUAUCUGGGUAGCCGGCAGAGGCUGUCCGUGUAUUGGGAUGAGGAGGACUCCGUGGUGCAGAGGUGUACCUGGUUCUACAAAGGGGAUAAAGACAGCAAAUACGUCCCCUACUCAGAGAACUUCAGUGUGGUCCUAGAGGAGGCCUACAUGGAUGCAGUGACCCUAAACGAAUGGAAGAAGAGACUGGAAUCCCCAUCUAGAGACCUCAUCAUUCUACAUAACCCCAAGCUUAUGGUGCACUACCAGCCAUCGGGAGUCACAGACGAUUGGGGAGCCUCGCCAAUUGAACAGGGCCGACCCCGGACAGUGAAGAGAGGGGUGGAAAAUAUCUCUGUAGAGGUUCCUAAAGGUGAGCCAGCCCAGAGCGAUCAUCUGGUGUUUAUGGUCCAUGGUAUAGGACCGGCUUGUGAUCUGCAGUUUCGAAGCAUUGUACAGUGUGUGAAUGACUUCCGGCUUGUUUCUCUCAAUUUGCUGCACGCUCACUUUAAGAAGGCCCAGGAUCAAGAGCAGAUUGGCCGAGUGGAAUUCCUCCCUGUGAACUGGCACAGUGCUCUCCAUGCUGAUGCCACUGGUGUAGACAGUGACAUUCAAAGGAUUACACUUCCCAGUAUCAAUCGACUCCGCCAGUUCACGAAUGAGACGCUAUUGGACUUGUUCUUCUAUAACAGUCCAACGUAUUGUCAAACCAUCGUCAAUACAGUGUGUGGGGAGAUGAAUCGCAUCUACCGACUUUUCCUGGAACGGAAUCCGGCGUUCAAGGGACGGGUCUCAGUGACUGGACACAGUCUUGGAUCGCUGAUACUAUUUGACCUGCUAACUAACCAGACUGAUCCCUCGCUGGGAAAUCUCCAACGAUUAAAGGCAUCGGAACUCGGAGCAGGGACACGGAUGAGGAGUCAGACGCUGAGGGAAGUGCUGCAGGAGCUGGAACUGACUGAACUCAGCACUAUGUUUGAGAAAGAAAUGAUGGAUACAGAAGCUCUGUCCAUGUGCACAGAGCAAGACCUGAAAGAUCUGGGUAUCCCACUAGGACCAAGGAAGAAAAUCCUUCACCACGUCCAACACAGGGAACAGCUGAAGGACUGUGAUUGCCCAACGCAGGACACCACACACCCUUCUGAGAUCAACCAGCCUCCGCUCACCUCGGGAAGCACCUUCAAUAUGGUGAAUUAUGAAUACUUCGACGUUGGGAUUGGACAGGUCAAAAUUAAUUACCCACAACUCAGUUUCCAUCCAGAAAUUUUCUUUGCCUGGGGAUCCCCCAUUGGGAUGUUUCUGACUGUUCGGGGAUUGAAGAGGAUCGACCCCAAGUACCAAUUCCCCACAUGUAAACGGUUCUUCAAUAUCUACCAUCCGUUUGAUCCAGUUGCAUACAGGAUAGAGCCAAUGGUGCUCAGGGAUGUGGAUUUUGAGCCUAUGCUGAUUCCCCAUCAUAAGGGCCGCAAAAGGAUGCAUUUAGAACUGAGGGAAGGACUCACCCGGAUGGGCACAGACAUCCUGGGGUCACUGCGAGUAGCCUGGCAAACCUUCACCCGCCCCCCUGUGCCUUCUUUACCACCUCCUACUGCUGAGGCUGCAUCACUGUGUGUUUCUGAAACCUCACUGCUUGAGGACAAAGCUGAAUCUCCUGUGAAGGAAGAGCCGUUACACAUUGACGUGGGGAUGUUAAAUGGAGGACAACGCUUUGACUACGUUCUCCAAGAGAAGCCGAUCGAGAGUUUCAAUGAGUAUCUGUUUGCACUUCAGAGUCACCUGUGUUACUGGACAUCAGAAGACACAGCACUGCUAUUCCUUAAAGAGAUUUACCAGACGAUGGAGGUCGGCAUGGACCAGCCACUACAGUAAUAAAACAACACGGGUCCAGUUGGCGCGGAAGGAGAUAA